GCUAAGUACAUUAUUCGCAUUUCUUUGAGAAUGUCGUUUUAAUGUUUUCGGUUUGGGUUAUUUUUGGUUGAUGAGAAAGAAUCGGGGCGAUUCACAGGGAAAUGCUUGCACGUACUUUUCAAGUGAAAUAUGUUUUUAAGUGGGAUUUCCCUCGUUUUCUUUUUUCUCUUGGUAUUUUGAGGUAUCUUUCGAUCUUGGGAGCUGAUAGCUGAAAUAACUGGAAAGUGAAAACAGUAAUGGCGCCGAACCCAAGAGUUCAAGCAGCCUUUCGGGCUAUGAAGUCUCUUGGAGUCAAGGAAACUAAAGUCAAGCGUGUACUGAAGAAGCUUCUAAGAUUGUAUGAUAAAAACUGGGCACUAAUUGAAGAAGAGAGCUACAGAGCUUUAGCGGAUGCGAUAUUUGAAGAGGAUGAUAGCGUAGAUCAAGAGAAGAAUAAAGGGAAUGAUGUCAACCAGGAAGACAAUUUGGAGGGAGAAGAGCUUGGGCAGGAGCCCGAACGUCCCUUGAAACGGUUGCCCUUGAAACGGUUGCGCAGAGGCGCCGAAGUUCAUCAGCAGCCUGAAAACAUAACAGAAUCACCGGAGCCAAGGGAUGAAAGUUGUUCAAUUUCACAAGAGCAUGGUGCUAAGAAUAAGGGCAAGCAACCAAUUAUUUCUGAACCUCCAGUUCCGCAACAAAGAUUAUCUCCAUUGGCACCUGCAGGGAAGAGAGUGAUUUCUGAGAGAGCAUCUCACGGUGUGUGCUUGAGAGAGCCAACUGAAACGGGAAGUGAUCUUUUUCCUAAACAGACGGUUCCUAACCAUCAAUUGAUUAAGCCUAAAGACGAGCCAUUCAUUGAUGACAUGAUUAUGGGUGACAUACGUCAGUACGAGGUUCCUAUUGCAGUGAUCCAUCCAGAUCUAUCGAGUGAAAAAGAUAUGCCGAUGGAAAAUGAUGAAAAUAGCAAAGAAAUUGGUAAGGAAUCUUCAUUUCAGUGCAAGGAUGGAGGAACGAGAGCUGAUGGUAUUCCAUCUCCAUGCGGGGAAAUGGAAACAAAUGUUUCAACCAUGCGAGAGGAAUCGCCAUCUAAUUUAGAUGUUGCAACCUCACCCUUAGGAGAGGAUAAUCACGUACAAGCUAGUGAGAUGACUCUUGCAAACGGUUGUGGUGGGAAAGAUAUAGACGGUGAACAAACUCACGUCAAUGGUUGUGCUGUGAAACAUAAAGACAGGGAACUAGAAGACCAUGGAUUGACGAAUGUGACAGAUUUGGCUGUUGUUCCACUCUGCGAACUGGCUCAUGAUGAUUUAAGAUCUCGUCAUGAUAUUAAUGAUAUAGCUAAAGGUGAAGAAGGGGUCAGAAUUCCCUGGAUAAACGAAAUAAAUAGCGAGCGUCCGCCAUCCUUUCACUAUAUCUCCCAAAGCCUUGUUUUCCACAAGGCAGAGAUUAGUAUCACUCUUUCUAGGAUCGGGGAUUUGAGUUGCUGUCCAACUUGCUUUGGUGAUUGUGUAUCAGCAUCUAUACCCUGUGCUUGCGCUCAAGCAAUUGGCAGUGAGUUUGCAUAUACGUCUACAGGCCAACUUACGGAUGUGUUUUUGGACUCAUGUAUCUCUAUGACUCGUGACCCUCAAAAGCAGUGCCAAGUCUUUUGUGGAGAAUGCCCACUUGAAAAAUCAAAAAACGAUGUUUGUUUGGAAGCUUGCAAAGGUCAUCUGAAAAGGAAUUUUAUUAAAGAGUGCUGGAGUAAAUGUGGCUGCAAUAAAAGCUGUGGCAACCGCGUGGUGCAGCGAGGCAUCACUCGCAAGUUGCAGGUGUUUUUCACUUCUGAUGGAAAAGGAUGGGGUCUGCGAACCCUUGAGGAUUUGCCAAAAGGUUCAUUUGUCUGCCAGUAUGUUGGAGAAAUACUGACUAGCGCAGAGUUGUAUGAGAGGAACUUGCAAUGCGACAAGAGUAGGAAAGACACCUAUAUAGCUCUACUUGAUGCUGACUGGGGUUCUAAAACAGCUUUGAAGAACGAAAAAGCUGUGUGUUUGGAUGCAUCACGUUAUGGAAAUGUUGCUAGGUUUAUUAAUCAUAGAUGUUUGGAUGCAAACUUGGUUGAGAUCCCAGUUGAAGUGGAAACCCCUGAUCGUCAUUACUACCAUCUUGCUUUCUUUGCAACGAGAAAAAUAGAUGCCAUGGAAGAGCUAACUUGGGAUUACGGCAUUGACUUUGAUGACCAUGAUAAUCCUAUUAAGCCAUUCCAGUGCCGUUGUGGCAGUAAAUUCUGUCGGAACAUGAAGCGUAGAUCCAAGUGAACAACCUCAAAUUCGAGUGAACAGCCUUCAAGUAUCUGAUCUUUCGCACCUUUUGGGACAGUUUUUCGUUUUGAAGAAAUAGUGUUUAAAUAUCUUACAUCAUCUUGUUUAUUUCGUUUUUUGACUGACCAUCCAACUGAAAACUGACGAAGAGGUAGGUUGUCUAUAGCCAAACAACAAAGUAAUUUUCUUGGAUGUUUUUUGUACAGUGGUUCAUAGAUGUAUAUAGGACAAACCGCCUUUGCAGCAGUUGCGUUACUACGUAGGUCUCGAAGUUGUAUGGACGACUGUUUUGUCCAACCAAACCAUUGGGACCAUGUUCUUCUGUUUUGAUUUUAAUGUCAACAACAAUGUUAUUUAGUUCAUUUAUCCGACAUUACAUAGCUCGCGUACUACUAAUGCUUUUGCAGCCGAAGUAACACAAAUA